AUGGAUGAGUACGCGAGCGAGUCUGAUAGUGACUACACUAGCUAUUGGCGAGACUGGUUCAUCUCAUCCAGAGGCAAUGAGUACUUCUGCGAGAUCGAUGAGGACUACCUAACGGACCGCUUCAACCUGACGGGCCUCAACACAGAAGUCCAGUACUAUCAAUAUGCGCUGGACCUGGUGACGGAUGUCUUUGACCUCGACUGCGACGAUGACAUGCGCGAGACGAUUGAGAGCUCAGCCCGACACCUGUACGGCCUGGUGCACGCGCGAUACAUUGUGACCACACGCGGUCUGACGAAAAUGCUGGACAAGUACAAGAAGGCCGAGUUUGGCAAAUGUCCCCGCGUCAACUGUCACUCUCACCCCCUGCUCCCCAUGGGUCUCUCCGACAUCCCCAACCUCAAGCCCGUCAAGCUCUACUGCGCCCGCUGCGAGGACCUCUACAACCCCAAAUCCUCGCGCCACGCCUCCAUCGACGGCGCCUACUUCGGCACCUCCUUCCACAACAUCAUCUUCCAGGUCUACCCCGCCCUCAUCCCCUCCAAAAGCAUCGAGCGGUACAUCCCCCGCGUCUACGGCUUCAAGGUGCACGCCGCUGCUGCGCUGGUGCGGUGGCAGGACCUCAAGAGAGACGACAUGCGGAGGAGACUGCGCAAGCUGGAAAUUGAAUCUGGCUUCAGAGAGGAGCAAAUGGAUGACGAGGAGGAAGAAGAGGAGGACGAUGUCGAGUUUGAAGGAGUGGACGGAGCUAAUACCAACACAAACAUGAGGCUGAUUGAGGGACCGAUGUGA